UCUUUUCAUCGCGACCAGACAGCAGGCAAUAAAGCAGAAUGCACAUGUAUCCAGCGGGCGCAGCAGCAGACUCAGGUGCACCGCCGUCGCCAGCCGUGGCAUUCUGCGCGGGCACGGACAAAUCAAGACGCGCUCCCGCAGCGUCGAAGCACUUGACCCCUUGGGAGCCCGCAAGCCUUCAGCCAUUCCCGCGCCUUCUUGACCCACCACAACCUCGACUCCACAGUGAAGCUUGCACACCUGCCCAUGAGGCUUACCUGCUCCUCUGAUGUUUGCCCGUCUUUAUCAUUGCUAGGUUCCCCCUAGCCUGUCGGCCACUCUCCUUGCGACCAUAGCAAAUCCUUUUCCGUUCUGAUACUUGAUCAUACUCGAUACCCACCCAACCGUACCAACAAACUGACCAUCUCUGCCUGCCCUGGCACUCCUCCGCGAAUCCCCAGUCCUCUCUAUACAACAGGCGGCCCACCCGCUGCUCCCGUCAACAUGUUGCAACCCACUCUUCCCACCGACUCGCCGCGCGCCCUCUCGAUAAUGACCACGGCCACGACCGCCUCAUCUGCAGACAAAACUGGACACGCCUGGAGCAUAGCCGUCAACGAGGACAACUGCUGGGAGGAUCUGAUAUUGACUCUCGAUGGUGGUGGCAUCCGCGGAUAUGCCAGUCUCAUUAUCCUCCAACGCCUCAUGCACGAGGUUGCCGACUGCGAACGACGGCUCCAAGACGAACACGGCCCCGUGGCAGACUCGACGAGACAUACAUUCAACGAGGAUGAAUUGCUACCCUGUCACUACUUCGAUUACAUGUAUGGUACUAGCACUGGUGGCCUCAUAUCGGUAAUGCUCGCACGAUUGCGCAUGACGGUUCCACAGUGCUUGGAGAUAUACCGAAAAGUUGGCGAUGACCUGUUUGGCCAUCGAAGAAAUGUUUUACCUCUGGCCACCAAAUUCCACCACAAGCCUCUGGAAAAGGCUGUGCAGAGUAUCGUCGGCGAGUAUUGUAAACACCACACCAAAUGCGACGGCCAUGAUUGGCAUCCGUGGGAUAUCAACUCAAAGGAAGACCUCUCGGCACACACUUCGCAAGAGUCAUCCUUUUGCAGCAAUAUUCCAAAACAACAAGACAGGAUUUGUCAGUCCAUCUGCUUGACUGCCACACACUCUGGUCAAAUCGAUGAAGCCUAUCUAUUGCGAACUUAUGACCACAGAUAUGAUCCGGAUGUUUCACCUGUCUGGGUAACACCGUACAACGAAGGUGCCGACAAGCUAAAAAUAUGGGAGGUCACACGAGCUACCUCCGCAGCGCCUUUCUUCUUCAAGAUGCUCGAGGCUGAUUUUGGGUCGCGGGGGAAGAUCGGGUUCAAAGACGGCGGCAUACGCGAAAACAAUCCGUCCUACGCAGCGUAUAGCGAGCAUGCCUCACUCAAGGGAGAAGAUCACGAACCCGCGUUGCUACUUUCCAUUGGCACAGGAAGACCAGAUACGUCACAUGAUGGCUUUGCCUCAGUUUGGCCAGGCCCAUUCGGAAAAGUGCCACUGAUGAAAAAAUGGUCGGAAAAACUAGCAGUUUUCAAAAAUGUUUUGAUCAAGUACACGGAAGGUGAAGAUCGCCACAAAAUGAUGCGCACGAUCGCAAAAGGCGAGCAUCGUUGGUACAAACGCCUGAAUGUCGACAAGGGUCUCGAAGACAUGCCGUUGGAUAGUUGGGAAAAGGGCCAGUGGCACAAUCCACGAACCGGUAUAACGAAGGAGGUGCCGGGCGGAAAAUCGCUUUCUAGAAUGGAGGACGUAACAAGAGCAUAUUUGGACAGGGAUCAAGCGAAGAAAGAUAUUUUACUCGAAUAUGCGCCUCCCAAGAUUGUUCUCCAGCAGGUUGCGGAACGACUGGUGAGGCACAGGCGAAUGAGGGAGGCCACAAAAAGAGACGACCUGCGCCGGUGGCAAACACACAUGGGCCAAUGGUUGACGGGUGAGCUGAAAAACGAGGAUAGCAUGAUCCGAACAGAUCACGAUCCGCCAGUCGCGCCCAAAACGACUUCGAGGAAUUCUACUGCACCUGCAGCCUCUGCUGAAGUGGAUAACCCAGAAACACCAACCGCCGCAGCCCCAAUGAAGGAUAUUCCGGCAAUAGUUAUACGGCAGCCUAGCGCUGCUAGUAAAGUACACCAGCUCCAGGACACGACCAACUCAUCAACCCCCACCGCGCCGAACGAAUCCAAAGUAUGAGGAACCUUAUGUUACCCCAAUGCAUAUUCCGCCACAAUAUUCCAGGAUCCACUGACGUUCAGUCAUUCCGCAUGAUUUCACAGUUUCGCAAUAUAUCCGGCGUAGUUAUCGCCAUCCCUAAAAUCACCUCACGGUCGCCAUUCAGGAUCAAACCGGCAUAUGAUUCCCCAUCACGAAUCAUCAUAAUCGGCGUUUUUCAUCAUUGUUCUUUACAUGGUAUAGCAUAGCAAGCAUUCAUACGAAGCACGGUCAUAUUUGUUUAUCUUGGGGCAUUUGCUUGUUCGCGAAAAUACCACCCAUCUUUGCCUAAUGUCACUCAUGUAUACUUGUUCUUUUACGGUAAUGUUGUUCUUUUUUUUUUGGCAAUCGCCUGUUAUUUCGGUUCCUCUUAUUGCCGUGGAUUCUUCGCUGUCUGUAGGAGUACCCAAACUCCAACUCAGAAUUCAAUUCACAAUUCACGGUCGUAUUUUCAUGCGCGGUAUAUGUUGGAAUCAUACUGGGAUGCUGUUGUUUGGAUGAAAACAAUUGUUUGUUUUCGAUGUCACUAAUUUUCGGUCCCAUCGCUUGACUUGUU